AAGAAGAAGAAGAAGAAGAAGCAGAAGAACGGAAGUAAAAACAGAGUCAGCUAAGCUAGCAGUCGUACGGUGAGGGCAGAGAGGGACUGUGCUCCUUGUCUUCAGUAGUCAGUUUACCAAAUAGCCAUCACUUGUAACGUAUUUUGAGCCUUUGAUUGUCAGGCAGAAGGAACUGACGGCCGAAGCUGUGCUGCAUUGCUAAUACUUGCCAGCCGGAGUCGCUAACAGGAGCCAUGUUACGUAGCUGUCAUUGACUCUCGUUAAAAGUCACAUAGCAAACAACGUUGUAACCGUAACUAGCCGCUCACGUCACAUCGACUCCUGCAUGGAGCUUACUGUUAUUUUAGCUUGAUAUGUUGACUCAUUAUGAUUAUUUAGACCCAAUUUGAUCUUUGCUUUGAUGAAUUAGUGAGUGUAUUAUCCAUAGCGCUCAGUGCAACUCGUAUAGACAUUGUAGCUAACAUAGUUGAUAAUCCCUUAAGUAGGCUAAGAUGCUUAUUCCUUGGAUAUUUUGUUUUGAGGGUUCAUGUAUUUGUUGCUGACACUGAAGAACAUAACAGAUAAACGAUAAAAUUGAUCUCCCUUUGUGGGGCAAAAUGAGUCAUUUCCUCCUGGUUGCCUAAAGGACUGCCGAUGGACUGGCUGCAUAGGCCAUGGUUUAAUGCUCAUCUGUUGGCAAGCAGCACCAGCAAUGUCAGCCAGCUCCCUCCUGAGAUACACCAUCAGGCUGGAGAGGAAACACAUAGCUGCACGUUUAGUCCAGCAGAGAGCUCUGUCAGGGGCAGAUGCUCUUAAUGCACUCAGACCUUUUUAUUUUGCUGUACAUCCAGACUUCUUUGGUCAAUACCCCAGGGAACGGGAAGUGAAUGAGAAUUCAUUAAAGAGGCUAAAUGGCUAUCUGGACAACCUGCAGAAGCCCGGCUCACGCUCACUUCAGCCAAUGAAGCUCACCUUUUAUGUCAGGGACACAAAGGACAGCAGCGAUGUGGGGCCAGACCUUCUUGUCUCAGGGUUCCGGUCAGUGAGUUUCACCCUGCACACAAACGAUGUCUUGAGCACAGUGAAGAAUGUCUUGAAGUCCUGCAGCCUACCCAUGGAGCACAUGAAGGGACUGAAAGCACAUUCAGACAUAUCUAAAAGUCCACCAGAGACGGGGUUGCCUUUCUACAGACCUAUCAAAUGGGAUAAAAGUUACUACACCUUCACUGGAUUCAGAGACCCUGAGCAGGAGCUGCAGCAGGCCAGGAGAGUGGAGCCUACACUCAUCUUGUGGCUGAGAAACAAUGAGCCUGAGGCAACAAAGAAGCACGGUGCUAGUCUUCCCCUGAGAGAAGAGCUCAACAGACUGAAGAAGGAACUGUGUCACAAAUUUGAUCUUGCUGAUAUCAGGUGGCAGCGCAGCUGGGGAGUGGCCCAUAGGUGCUGUCAGCUUCAGAGUCUGAGCCGACUGUCUCAGCAGAACCCUGAGGCCCUGAUCAACCUGCAAGGACACACUGUGGUAUUUGCUGACCAGUCAGGGAUGAACGCCUCUGGAGACAUCACACUGGGAACCAUGGAUGUUCAUCAUCAGUGGACCAAACUGUUUGACCAGCUGCCAAGCUAUCGCAGCCUGCAGCAGCAGACAGACUGGCUGAAGGAGAGAAUCAGCCUGCUCCUGGGUGGGACUCAGGUGGUUCAUGUGGAGAGGCUGGGACCAGUCCAACCCAUUACCGAGCACUACAGCACCCUCAGCACCUUUCACAAGAGCCUGAUGUCCCGACGCCUUCGCCUGCAUCCCAGGAGCCUACAGGGGCUCACCAUGUUGCUGGAUAAUGACCGCUCUAACCCCAGUCUUCAUGAGAUGGGGCACUUCAUUAUUCCCACCAUCUGUGACCCUCCCAAGCUGCAGGUCUUUCUUCAAAGCCACGCACCUGAGGCCAGAAAGCGCACCCAUCGCAAAAACCAAUUCAUCAGUUUCAUCAUCUCCUCAGCCUCAUCAGUGGUUUUAUCAGAGGUCUUCUGCCAACACCUCCAUUGUCUGGACUCCGUGAGGGGAUUUAUGACGCAGCUGGUGCUACCUCGAUCAAGAAAUCUCCCCGCUGAGUCUGCACGAUACUCCUAUACCAAAAUCACCUGUAAUAAUAAACUAUAUUUUUUUGUCAUUUACUGUCUACUGAUCAAAAUCCUGCUGUUGUCUCACCUUUCUUCAAACAGGCCAUGGUCAACCUCUCUCACUGCUUCAGCUUCUAUGAUUUUUCUCACUCUUGCCAAAGACGGAAAGUUCUAUCUAAUCCAAUCUCAUCUCAUCUCAUCUCAUCUCAUCUCUAAGACUUUACCAUGGCCUGUGUUAGAGGUACAAUAGUUCAGCUAUUAGUAUGCUUCUUUAUCAUUUCAUGUACCAAUCAAUACAUUGUCAUGAAAAACUUAGUCAAGACUUCAUGACAACAAUAAACAUUUGAUUGAGAGAAUCAUCUCGUUGAUAUGUCCAUUAACAUCUGUCAUCAUUUCAGACCCCGCUCUUCUUUUCCUGCCCUCUUGUCUUCAUUGCGUUCCUACCUUUGUCAGACACCUGCACCUGCCUGCUGACUUGGUCCUCAUUACAUCAUUAUCCAAAGGUGUUAGACCUGCACAAUAACCUAAUCAUUUUUCACACUGUGAAUUGUGUAUUGUAGUUGUAGAUUUUCACCACUUGGGUUUUGCCUCAAUCUGAACGCCACAAUUUUGAUUUUGAACUAGAUAUUUUUCAAAGUCUUCUUCCUUCCUGCCUUAAAUCUUUACCUGUUUGACCUGUUGUUGUUGUUGUUGUGUGAUAUGCUUUCUCACAAAGUAAACUCUGUUCCCAAUGGUCUUGCUUUUUGAUAAUGAGAGUCAAAAUCCAGAAUGUGCAUGAACGUAGGCCUAUUUAGCUAUACAUAUAUAGUAUAUGCAUACAUCCAAAUUAAAUCCUAUAUCAACACUAUUACAUGGGUUCAGCUAAUUUUAUGGCAGUUGUAGGCACUGUUUUGUUUGAUGUCCUUUCACAGCAAUACAGUAGCCUAAAACACGACAAAAAUGUCACAAAAUAAAAACAGCAAAUUUAGGCUGUUUUUGGGGUCUAACUACAAGGUUGUUGCAAGACCUAACCACCUUGGAAGAAUUUAUGAACACUGGAAUCAGAAAAUGGAGCAUUUCAGAGCUUGUGAGGUCCGAUAUUCCCUGAAUGCAAUAUAAGUGGCAGGACACGAGAUUGGCUGCAUUUUGGAGGGAAAACUCUGAGUCAUACUCUUUUCCCGAAGUAACGUUAGUUGCAGUCAGUGCCGUCAAAGAGCAUGGAUACCAAGAGGCGAAGCUCAAUAGAACGCCCUAUAGCAAUAGACUCGCCCAUGGUUUUGUCCUACCGCCGCCAUUUUGGACUGUCAGCAGACCGCCCCAAGAGUACCCAGCUGCAGACAUGAACACACAGACAAACUUAAGUAUAUCGCUAUUAAUUAUGCUUACAAUGCUACUCACCUCGUGAUAGCUUGGUCAAAGCUGCUCUUUCACGUUUUUGUAAAGCAAAAUAUAGACUUUAAAAAAAAACAAAACGAAGAAAAAUGGCCUAGAUGGCAUCUCUACAUAUUACAUCCACUUAUGAGAAGAUUGACUUAAUUACUCCUUCAAAAUCACCCCAUAAGGCAAUCUACCAAAAAAAAAAAAUCUAUAUUUUAACUAGAAACACAUUAAUGGCGAUGUCACAUAGUCAGGAAUAAAGAUUUAUUUACAGUUUGUACAGUAAGGGGACAGUAAUAAUAAUAAUAAUAAUAAUAAUA